AUGAAUAGAAGCCAAAAUAUUACCCUAAUGAGCCUUGAGCCAUAUUACCUCCCAGGCUAUACAGGCUUCUGCCCCCAGCUCAGUAGCCACGUGGGAAAGACCUAUGGCAGAGCCACAAACGAUGUGCUCACUGACCUAUAUGCAGCCAGAACCUCUUCCUACAGAUUGUCCCCUAUAACCAAGGCCACUGUGCAAAAAUCCUAUGUAGACCCCAAAGCCACAAGUGCAAGAAUGUCCAGGACUCCACAGCAGAAGGAGUUGCAGCGAUUCACCAUAUAUAAACCAGAAUAUGACGAUCAGUUGACCACCAAGCUCUCUACUCGCCAGCAAGUCACCACCUGUGACCGGACGGCCCAAACCUCACUGGAGAAUGUCAGCUAUAUAUCGUCAUCAAAAGUACAGGAAAAUCAGAUUAAAAAGGUCAACUACGAAAAUGACACCAUGGAGAACCUAAGUCCACACACCUUUGUGAAGCCUGCAUCUAAGCCCGAUAGCCACUUACCAAAGUCUUUUAAGCCAGAUAAGAAAGAAAUACUGUCUAAGCCCAAACAACGAAGAGUCAUACCAGGCCAUAUGAGGUAUCAAGAUGGACCAAAAAUAAAUAAAUGAAUUGCAAGAUAAUU